GUUACACUAGUGCAUAUAGACGGACAGCAGCAGACAGAGAAAGAGAGACAUGUUGGGAAAGUGAAUUUUCUUUUUUAAAUUCAGGAAUAUGUUGUGGAAAACUUUCUGGAUUUAAUUUUGUCUGUAGUUCUAUUUAUUUUUUAAUUUAAGAUUUCUCUACGUUGGUAGCUUUCUGUUUUUUUUGUACUGCUUCUCCACUUGAGAGAGCAUUUUUUUUAAAGUGUGUGUGUGUGUGUCAGUGUGUUUGUGUGUUUGUGUGUGUGUCUGACAUAGUAAGUCAUGGAGCUGGAGCAUUUAGGCGGCGGUGGGGUCAAACCCGAGAGGGGCAACACUCGCCUGUACAAGAUCGCACUGGCCAUGUGUGUGUUUCUCUGUGCCAUUCUGCUGCUUGCACUCAUACUGGUCUCUCAAAAGUCCAGGCCGGAGGAGUUCUGUGUGACCCCAGAAUGUAUUGAAGCAGCCGGGUCUAUCUUAAGUAAACUGGAUCGGUCCGUUAACCCCUGUGAGGACUUCUACAGUUUCUCGUGCGGAGGUUGGCUGAAGGAGAACCCCAUCCCCGAGGACUCCUCCUCGUACGGCAUCUACCCGUGGCUCCGGCAGCAUGUCGACGUCCAGCUCAAAGAGUUGCUGGAAGCUCCGUCAGGCCCUGAUGAACUGGAGGCCGUGACCAAAGCCAAGAUCCUCUACCGCUCCUGUAUGAAUGAGACCAUGCUGGAGAAGCUCGACACCAAGCCGAUGCUGAGGACGCUGAGGCAGCCCGAGUUCCGGUGGCCCGUGGUCGGGGACGGGCUCGGCGGCGAGUACGAGUGGUCGCCGGCUCAGUGGAGUCUCCUGAAGACGGUGGCGGAGAUGAGGAACCAGCACAGCAAGAGCGUCCUGAUCCGCCUGUACGUCUCCCCCGACGACAAGAACUCCUCGCAGUACGUCCUCAAGCUCGACCAGGCGUCCUUGUCUCUGCCCUCCAGGGAGGACUACAUCACCAACACUUCCUCUGCGCAGACGUACCGCGCGGCCCUGCUCAGCUUGAUGGUGGACACCGCCGUCAUGCUGGGCGCUCCGGAGGCGGCGGCGCUGACCCAGAUGGAGGAGGCCCUCGCCUUCGAGACCAAACUGGCCCAUAUCCUGAUUCCCUACGAGAACCGCACCAGUGAGAACAUGUACAACCGAUACUCGCUGUCUCGCCUGCAGCGCUCCAUUCCACAGUUCAACUGGCUGGGUUUCGUCAAAGCUGUGGUGGAGUCCAAGAGCGACCCGGCCCGGUCCAUCUCCCCGUCGGAGACCGUCAUCGUCCGAGCGCCGCAGUACUUCAAGGAACUAGUCAAGCUCAUUAACGCCACAGAUCCCAGGACCGUGGCGAACUAUGUACAGUGGAGGACGGUUUUCUCCAGGAUCACCACCCUGAGCCGCCGUUUCCUCUACAGAUACCUCGACUACGCUCGGGUAACCACGGGAACCACCUCCCUCAGCCCGCGCUGGGAUAAGUGUGUGAACUACGUGGAGAACUCGCUUGUUUAUGCCACCGGGCGCCUUUUCGUCAACACACACUUCCAGGAAGACAAGAAACACAUGAUGGAGGAGCUGAUCGAGGCCGUUCGCUGGGCGUUCAUCGACAUACUGGAGAAGGAGAACGACUGGAUGGACCAGCCGACGAAGAAGAGGGCAGUGGAAAAGGCUCACGCCGUCCUGGCGAAGGUCGGCUACCCCGAGUUCAUCCUGAACGACACCUACCUCAGUGAAGAUCUGAAGGAGCUCGAGUUCAGUAAGAUGGACUACUACGGCAAUGUGAUGCAGACGCUGAAGUUCAUUGCCCAGUCGGACGUCGCCUGGCUUCGAAGGAGCGUGCCGCGCACGGAGUGGUUUACCAACCCGACAACCGUGAACGCCUUCUACAGUUCCUCCACCAAUCAAAUCAGAUUCCCUGCCGGAGAGCUGCAGAAACCCUUCUUCUGGGGGAGAGAGUAUCCGAGGUCUUUAAGUUACGGCGCCAUCGGGGUGAUAGUCGGACACGAAUUGACACACGGCUUUGACAACAACGGACGUAAGUAUGACAAAAAUGGAAACCUUGACCAGUGGUGGAGCAACUCGUCCAUAACGGCCUUCAAUGAGAAGACCCAGUGUAUGAUAGACCAGUACAACGACUACCACUGGGAGGAGGCGGGCCUGAACGUGCGAGGUAAGAGGACGUUGGCGGAAAAUAUAGCGGACAAUGGAGGAAUAAGAGAGGCGUUCAGGGCAUACAGGCGGUGGGUGGACGAGAGCAGGGGCGGCGUGGAGGAGCCUCUGCUGCCCGGAGUGGACCUGAACAACAACCAGCUCUUCUUCCUGAGCUACGCACACGUGAGAUGUAACUCGUACCGGCCAGAAGCAGCCAGGGACCAGAUCCAGAGCGGAGCGCACAGUCCACCAAAGUACCGAGUCGUCGGAGCGAUGAGUAACUACGAAGAGUUUCGCAAAGUGUUCAACUGCCCCGAGUCGUCGGCCAUGAACCGAGGAGCGCAGUCCUGUCGGGUGUGGUGAAACCUCGGCCCCUGACCUGGACCCUGAACCAGGCCAGAGCUGUCGGCGGGAGGCCUGUUGAGAAAAAGGCUGAUAAUGUUGGACUAAGCCUACAUAGUUUACAUGUGCCCCCCCCGCCCCCACACAGGUACAUUUACUGCAUAUGUUGCAGCUACUGCAUAAGUUAUGACUGAGCCUUUUGUCAUGGACCAUAUAGUUUAUCAAUUUUAUUGAAAAGGUUUUUCUUUUUGCAGGCUGUUUUUGCAAAAACAGAAACAGUAUAUGCACUGUAAGUGUGACUUGUAAAAGGCUUUCCAAUUGGAAUAAAGAAUUUAUACAUUACAAACUGUACAAUGAUUAGAAUUAUAUUUUUUUUUUUACAGGAACAUAUAUUCUAGAUGUUACAGUAACUGUGGGAAGCAGAAAUAUAUCAGGUCAACAUAUAUACGUAUAUAUA